UAUGUUAAUAUUUUUAGGAUUAUCAUUUAAUUCCCCUCCUAUUCUGAAAAAAAAGAACAGCUCGAUUAUAUCUAAAUGAUACUUUGGCUGUCUUCUAUUGCCAUAAGAGCCCCUGCUAGUAUGAUCGAAACACUAGGUAUCGGGAGAUCACUUCAGUAUUUUUAUGUUUAAGGUGAGCUCCCUAAAGACCGAAAUCCUUAGUCUCAUACCGGACAUUAUUGGAGGUGUUUCAGAUAAAAAAAAAUUGCUAGAUACGCAGGGACAUCCCCACGUGGCUCGUGACGGAUUAUCACACGUACUCGACUGUCCAUGACAGACUCUUCAGGCCUCAGAGAAGUCGUCAAAGGGAAUAUACUUCGUGUUAUGUUUGGAUCGUGAUUCUUGUUCCGCCCGCCUCAAGGUUGGAGCUUGGGCUCACCUUGCCCGGCCCCCAGCGGAGGCAAGAAGGUUGAUGUCUCCCAUAUUAGGGGCUAACUAAGCGCGGGCUUCGCUCCUUGCCUGUUCGUCGACUGUCUCUUGUUUCACAUCAGUUGCCGAAGGCAGGGCAGUACAGUGGCCAAGUCGCUCCCUUGUUGUACAGAUGCCGCCCUUUGUUGCAGACUAUGAUGUGUUUUAGGCUUCUAGCUCACGCUGGAACUCUAAUCGGUUAUGUGAAUUUCCCGUUCUUCCUCGGGCUCUCACUGGCGCAGGAUCCUGGUUAUUUUUCAAAGGGAUUUAGUCUUGCUAUAGCGGUCUUUAUUAGGCAUCGAGGAUGGUCAUUGCUCGAGGAGGGUAAUCGGACGAAGCGUUCUUGUUUAUGGUCAAAAAGAUGAUUGUGUUGGAAUAGUGUCGGUGAUCUACUGGGGAGAAUAUGCAAGGGGUGUGUCGAUCACCGAUCUACUGACUGUAGUUUGGGGAAUUUGAUUAUCGAGUCUAGUAUAGCUUCCUCGCGUGAACGCAAAUUCGAUGGCGAUCUUCAAGUGGCGCGUUUGGAAUGGGGAACGAUGUUUAAACUUCAGGGAAAUUUGAUAUUAUCAUGGGUACCUCGGGAGCUUUUCUAUGGUUCCAAGUAGGAGACCGAAACUGAUCUCCUGCAAAGAAAACGC